AAUAAAAAUGAAGAUUUAGAAGUUUGACACCAACCAAAACACAAAACGCCACGGAAGCGUGUGAGAGAGGCUUUGGCCUGCUUCCAAAACCCAUCGCAAACCGUAAACCAAAACCAAAAAACAUUCAUGCUUGGCAGUUUUCACACGUCAUUGCCAACCCAGAACCCAAUAACACCCACUUCUCCCCCCUCUUUUCUUUUUAUUCACCUUCUUCUUCUUCUUUUUCUUCUUCUUCUUAAUUUUCUUUAUUCACCAGAAAACAGAAAAGAAAAAAAACGAAAGAAAGAAAGAAUACACAUCAUCAUCACGAAAGAAAAUUGGCUGUUGAGUUAUUGGAACCAAGCAAUAUGAACGAGAAGGCUAGCGUUUCUAAGGAGCUCAGUGCCAAACAUAGAAAGAUAUUGGAGAGUCUACUUAAACUACCAGAGAACAGAGAAUGUGCUGACUGCAAAACAAAAGGUCCACGAUGGGCUAGUGUGAAUCUGGGAAUCUUCAUAUGCAUGCAAUGUUCAGGGAUCCAUAGAAGUCUAGGCGUACACAUAUCAAAGGUUAGAUCUGCCACUUUGGAUACAUGGCUUCCAGAGCAGGUCGCUUUUAUCCAAUCUAUGGGGAAUGAGAAAUCAAAUAGUUAUUGGGAAGCAGAGUUGCCCCGUAAUUAUGACAGAGUUGGAAUUGAGAAUUUCAUCCGUGCAAAGUAUGAAGAGAAAAGAUGGGUUCCUAGAGAUGGAAAAGCGAGAAUGCCUCCCAGGGUGAAUGAAGAGAAAGCUUCCAGGCUUAACCCAAUGGCUCAGAGUUUUGAUCAUCUUGGCUAUGCAAAAAAUAGUGAAUGUUUUCCUAAGGAGAAGAAAAGCACUCAUCCAUCCGUUGCAAACAAUAGCACGUUGCAGAAGACUACUCUUGUUCCAAAACCACAAGAACCUGUGCAGAAACCAAAGUUAGCAAGUCAGCCAGCGACUGCUACCCCUAUUGUCUCACCACCUAAAGUCGAUUAUGCUACGGAACUUUUCAAUUUGCUUUCUUUGGGGGAUUCUGGAGAAACUGAUUCCAGAGCUUCUGCUGUUAAUAAUCCAUGGACUGCAGCUGAAGUAAAAUUGAGAGCAGAGAAUCAUAAUCCACCAAGCUCACUGGAAAGCAAGAAUGAAUCCAAAUAUGGAAUUGAAGAUCUAUUUACAGGUUCACCAUCAGUCUCCCAAUCCUUCCCAGUGAAACCUCAGAAUGACGUUAUGAGCCUAUUUGAGAAGUCCAGCAUGGUGCCUCAAUUUUCAAUCCACCAACAACAACAGACAAUGAUAUCCCAGCAACAGUCAUUGCUUAUGGCUGCUGCAGCAAAAUCUGGUGCCCAUACUUUUCCUGCUGGUCCGCAACUUGGCUUUAAUGGUAUUCUUUUAUCCACUCAAAACUGGGGAAGCGUUGGCCAUCAAGCUCCCAGAAACUUGAUGCCUGUAACAGAUCUACAAUAUUAUACAAAGAUGUGGAAUAGCCACCAUUCCUUUACAGCAGGAAAUCCACCUCCUUUUCCAGCAUCUAGCAUGUAUCCAAUGGCUCCAGCAGCUCCAAUGAACAGUGUCACUGGCAUCAGCACAUAUGGACCUCUAUCAGCAUCGCCCAUAUCAUCAGUCACUCCAACUCAGUCGGGAAAAGAUGUUGAUUCGUCGUCAUUGAUGUGGGGAUUGUAUACAAAACAGUAACUAUGCUUAUGUUAUGGGUAAAACAAGCUGUGGUUGUCAGUAUACCAGACAGGACCAGUUUACUUGGUAGUUUCAAUAUUCCUCUGGGCUAGGCUUUCAUUCAAAUCAGAUUUUAAAGUUGGACCUUUUUUUUUUUUUCUUUAUUCCGAACGAUUUAUAUGAUAUUGUAUUGUGUCUUUUUAUCUCCAUUUUAGAUUAUCAAAUAAAGAAAUCUUAGAUAAGUUUGUUCAAGAA